AUGACCACUGCCGGUGAUCAACAAUUGGCGGUGAUGAAUAUGCUUAACGACUUUGCGUUCAACGACCACUCAGCUGGAAUGAUGAAUUCUUCUUUUAUGGCCGCCGGAAUGCAACCAUUUCUCAGUGCUCCGACAACGAUGGCCGCUCCGUUCAUCCAGGCAACACAGCCACCAUUUCAACCAAGUUCGCACCCUUUGAUACAGGAAAUCUUCGGCUCGAACCAAGCAGCUCCAACGCAACGAGUUGGCGGUGGCGGUGGUCAGCCGUACGAGCAACGACAAACGAGUCUCGCACCUGGUGGCCCGAUUGGUGGCCCGUCCGGUCAAGAUCUCUCCCAACAACAAGGAAGCUCUCAAGGACAACAGACACAAGCCGGAUUGCCAGCCUUGCAAGGCAGCGGUGUCUCCUUUCAAUGCCCUCGUCGACCGGGUCAAGGAGUUGAGGGUCGUCCAAUCAUGCUUCGUGCAAAUCAUUUCCGCGUUCACAUUCCCGGUGGAAACAUUCAGCACUAUCAGAUCGACAUUCAGCCUGAUAAGUGUCCAAGAAGAGUGAAUCGUGAAAUUGUGGCCACAAUGAUCUCCGCUUAUCAACGCUCAUUUCAACAGUGCAGUCCGGUGUAUGAUGGAAAGCGCAAUAUGUAUACGAGAGAUCUCUUGCAAAUCGGAAGAGACAAGAUGGAGUUUGAGGUGACUCUGCCAGGAGACACCGCUGUCGAGCGGCAAUUCCGUGUCAGCGUGAAAUGGGCUGGUCAAGUCUCUCUAUCAAGUCUCGAGGAUGCAAUGGAGGGACGAAUUCGUCAAGUUCCCUUUGAGGCCGUUCAAGCGAUGGAUGUCAUUCUUCGCCAUUUGCCUAGUCUCCGCUACACUCCUGUCGGUCGUUCUUUCUUCACUCCACCCGCUCAUCCACAUCAUACCCCACAACACGGUCAAUAUCACACAGAGAGUAAACUGGGUGGUGGACGAGAAGUUUGGUUCGGUUUUCAUCAGAGUGUGCGUCCAAGUCAAUGGAAAAUGAUGCUCAAUAUCGAUGUCUCGGCUACCGCUUUCUACCGUCAAAUGGGAGUGAUUGAGUUCAUCGCCGAGGUGCUGGAGUUGCCAGUUCAGGCUUUAGCUGAGAGACGUGCUCUCUCCGAUGCGCAACGAGUAAAAUUCACAAAGGAGAUUCGUGGCUUGAAGAUCGAGAUCACUCACUGUGGCCAGAUGCGUCGUCGUUACCGUGUGUGCAAUGUGACUCGACGCCCGGCACAGACACAGACUUUCCCACUCCAACUCGAGACCGGUCAAACGAUCGAGUGCACGGUGGCCAAGUACUUCUACGAUAAAUACCGGAUGACGCUCAAAUACCCGCAUCUCCCGUGUCUUCAAGUCGGCCAAGAGCAAAAGCACACCUAUUUGCCGCCAGAGGUUUGUCAAAUCGUGGCCGGACAACGCUGCAUCAAAAAGCUGACUGAUACUCAGACAUCGACAAUGAUCAAGGCUACAGCAAGAUCGGCUCCCGAGCGCGAGCGUGAGAUCAGCAAUCUUGUCCGCAAAGCCGACUUCGCCGGUGAUCCGUAUGCUCGAGAAUUCGGCAUUGCGAUCACCUCACAAAUGACUGAAGUGAAGGGACGAGUGCUGUCGGCUCCAAAAUUGUUGUAUGGAGGUCGAACAAAAGCCACCGCUUUGCCGAAUCAAGGAGUCUGGGAUAUGAGAGGGAAACAAUUCCACACCGGAAUCGAUGUCAAGGUUUGGGCGAUCGCUUGUUUCGCUCAACAGCAACACGUGAAAGAGAACGAUCUUCGCAAUUUCACCUCGCAACUUCAGCGAAUCUCGAACGACGCUGGAAUGCCGAUCAUCGGGCAACCAUGCUUCUGCAAGUACGCUGUCGGUGUCGAUCAGGUGGAGCCGAUGUUCAAGUACUUGAAGCAAACCUUCCAAGGGAUUCAACUCGUUUGUGUGGUUUUGCCUGGAAAGACUCCCGUUUACGCUGAGGUGAAACGUGUUGGAGAUACGGUGCUUGGAAUCGCCACUCAAUGCGUUCAAGCGAAGAAUGUGAUCAAGACCACUCCACAAACACUCUCGAAUCUGUGUCUGAAAAUGAAUGUGAAGCUUGGCGGAGUGAACUCGAUUCUUCUCCCAACUGUUCGCCCGAGAAUCUUCAAUGAACCAGUGAUCUUCCUUGGCUGUGACAUCACUCACCCACCGGCCGGAGACUCGAGAAAGCCAAGUAUUGCCGCUGUUGUCGGAUCGAUGGACGCUCACCCGAGCAGAUAUGCUGCCACUGUUCGUGUGCAACAACACCGCCAAGAAAUGAUCUCCGAUUUGACCUACAUGGUUCGCGAGCUUCUCGUGCAAUUCUACCGAAACACUCGUUUCAAACCGACCCGUAUCAUCGUUUAUCGCGAUGGUGUUUCAGAGGGACAAUUCUUUAAUGUGCUUCAAUACGAGUUGCGUGCGAUGCGUGAAGCUUGCAUGAUGUUGGAGAGGGGAUAUCAACCGGGAAUCACCUUCAUUGCCGUGCAGAAGCGUCAUCACACUAGACUCUUUGCUACCGAGAAGAAAGAUCAGGUCGGCAAAGCGUUCAACAUUCCCCCGGGAACCACCGUUGAUGUGGGAAUCACUCAUCCAACCGAAUUCGACUUCUAUCUGUGCUCGCAUGCUGGUAUUCAGGGCACAUCUCGUCCAUCUCACUACCACGUGCUUUGGGAUGACAACAAUAUGACGGCUGACGAGCUUCAACAGUUGACAUAUCAAAUGUGUCACACUUAUGUUCGUUGCACUCGUUCGGUGUCGAUCCCCGCUCCAGCUUACUAUGCCCAUUUGGUGGCUUUCCGCGCUCGGUACCACUUGGUCGAUCGUGAACAUGACAGUGGUGAAGGCUCUCAACCAUCGGGUACUUCAGAAGACACGACUCUCUCAAAUAUGGCUCGAGCUGUUCAAGUACAUCCCGAUGCAAACAACGUCAUGUACUUCGCU